UUAUUUAAUUGUAGAAACAUUAACUUAAAAAAAGAAAAACAAAAGAACAUACAAAAUGUCGGAAGGGAAAAAAAAAUGUAGAGUAGUAUCUAAGCAAUAAAGUAUUAUGAAUCAUUCUUGUGGCUGAAAGAUAACAUGAAUCACUUGUGUUACAAAGUUUUGUAUUGAUUUAAAUUUUAACAGGGAAUCGAAAAAAAAAAAAAUAUCAUAACCUCAUGUUCUAUAAUACAAAUUAAUUACUGUACUAAAAGGAUGUAGCACCAGGAACACUGACUAUCUAUCUGCUGAGUUCAAAUGUCUCAUGUCUCCCUGCCUGUUUUUAUUUUUUCGCCACAUCGAACGAUUCGACAACUUAAAGCUCAGACAGGUGAAGUUCUAACUACCAUUAGGUAUGAAAUCACUAAUCUUAACACUCUCUAUACAUAGCUCUGUAAUGCUGCUUUGAUCGAUCUCUACUUGUAACUGAAAAAUCUAAGCUAUUCGUCGAAAUGAAUAUCCCCCGAUUUAAUCUGUUCUUAUGGAUUGUUCCUUUGUUGUUGAUGGUAUUUCAUCAAGCAGAGUGCUACGAUCCGUUGGAUCCAUUUGGAAACAUUACGAUUAAAUGGGAUGUGGUGUCUUGGACGCCCGAUGGCUAUGUGGCCGUGGUGACGAUGAACAACUUCCAAAUGUAUCGCCAUAUUAUGAGCCCCGGAUGGACGUUAACGUGGGGUUGGGCAAAGAAGGAAGUGAUUUGGUCGAUGGUCGGGGCGCAAGCCACCGAGCAAGGAGAUUGCUCAAAAUUCAAAGGUAACGUUCCGCAUUGUUGCAAGAGAAAUCCAACAGUCGUCGAUCUCCUCCCCGGAGUACCUUACAAUCAACAAAUCGCCAAUUGCUGCAAAGGCGGCGUCGUCGCCUCGUGGGGCCAAGACCCCGCUGGCGCCGUCUCGAGCUUCCAAGUCAGCGUCGGCGUCUCGGGAACUUCCAAUAAGACAGUGAAGCUCCCAAAGAAUUUCACCCUCCUUGGCCCCGGGCCGGGCUACACUUGUGGGCCCGCCAAGGUCGUCCCCUCCACCGUCUUCUUAACUCCCGAUCGCCGCCGGAAAACUCAAGCUUUGAUGACGUGGAACGUGACGUGUACCUACUCGCAACACUUGGUGUCACGGAAUCCCCGGUGUUGCGUGUCCUUCUCGACGUUCUACAACGACACCAUCACUCCUUGCCCGAGCUGCGCCUGUGGAUGCCAAAACAAGAAAGAAUGCGUAAAGCCCGACUCGGAAAAACUGAAAAAGGAGGGAAUAAAUACUCCGAGGAAGGACAAUGUCCCGUUGCUGCAAUGCACGCACCACAUGUGCCCGAUCCGUGUCCAUUGGCAUGUGAAGAUCAACUACCGCGACUAUUGGCGCGUCAAGAUCGCCAUCACCAACUUCAACUACCGAAUGAAUUACACGCAAUGGACGCUCGUGGCGCAACACCCCAAUCUCGACAAUGUCACCCAAGUCUUCAGUUUCGACUACAAGCCGCUCCUCCCGUAUCAGUCGAUAAACGACACGGGGAUGUUCUACGGCAUGAAGUUCUAUAAUGACCUGCUGAUGGAGGCUGGGCCGUCGGGGAACGUACAGACGGAGGUGCUGCUGAAGAAAGACGCCGAGAAAUUCACGCUGAGGCAGGGAUGGGCCUUUCCCAGAAGAGUUUACUUCAAUGGCGAUGAGUGUCAGCUUCCUCCUCUCGAUGCCUAUCCAAUUCUGCCUAAUUCUGCUCUUCUUCUUCCUCUUCCAAAUUACUACUACUAUUUUCUUUUCUUUUCUACCAUUUUUAUGCUUUUCUUUGGUUGCUGAUUCUGUGAUAGUUUCUUUUUUGUGUGUAUAAUUUCUUUUUUCUUUCAUUUCGUGUUCUUGGUCGUGGAAUAAUACAAAAACUGUACGUGAUCCAAAUUCGAAAUUUGAUCUGAAAUCACUAGAUUUGAACAUCA